UAAUCCAUAUUAUUAUUGUACCCAGAAACUGUGUUGGAGUGCUUUAAGCCAAAUCGACUACACACGACACGAGAAACAAAUGACAAGCGCAAGAAACGCCAGGAACAUGACGCAACCUAGAGACACAAAGACCACUACAACAACAGUCGUGUCAUGUUCUGGAGUUGGUGUGGGGCGGUUAGUUGCGUCCAUGGAGGCCAUUGUGUUUGAUGUAUGAGGCAGAUGAUGAUUUAAAUCCUAAGUUGUGUGGUUUGAAGAAGAUUGAGAUAUAUAAGUGCCUUAUUUGUAGGGAAAAUUGAGAACAGUAGGUUGCUGCUAAGUUUCUAAUGACUUGGCUCCCAUCCUAAGGUUUUUGUUUGCAUUAGAAAACACUUCUAAAGUAUCUAGCUUGUUGUUUUUGUCAAGCCAACCUAGAAAACAAAUACUAAACGGAGAGUAAAUUCCAAGGAAAAUUAAUAGACUCCCA